CUCCGACGUAUAUGUACAUCCAAUCCUACCUAGGUACGUACCUAAGCGAGACAUCAGUCAUCGCCCCCUUCAUCCCUAUAAUAGAAAACACAGAGUCCUAGACACCCAGGUUGGUAGUGUACCUUCCUAGCUGCAUUAGGUACCUACCUGGUCAGGUUCACGAUAUAUUAACCACCUUCAUUCGCAUAUCUGUGUUCUUAGAGCCUGCUAAGUCGCCAAGUAUUUUAGUUUAUACCAUCCACGAUGCACGUUAUAAUCAUCGGAGCAGGCCUCGGAGGGCUUAGCCUAGCUCAGUGUCUCCGAAAGCAAGGUAUCUCAUUUGAGAUCUUCGAGCGCGACGUUACUCCAAAAGCUCGUUUCCAGGGGUGGGCUAUCGCUCUUUAUGGCUCGACCGUGGAGGACCUUGCCUCAUCUUUUCCGUCUGAUGUGCCUGACCUGAGAGAGUCUACGAACCAUCUGCAGCCGCUGAGUAUUCCCGCUCAGCUCUGCAUGUACGCCCCCGACAAAGACGGCCGUAUUGGCGUCGAGGACUCGUCUGAGAUCCCAUUGAUCCGCGCAGAGCGCCUAAGGUUGAGAAACUGGCUUGCAACCAAUCUCUCCAUUCAAUGGGGGAAACGUCUUACACGCAUCGAACAAGGCGAUGAUGGGGUUUCGGUUUAUUUCGAAGACGGCACAAGUGCCAAAGGGGACAUUGUAGUUGGUGCCGAUGGCGUUAAGAGUGUUGUGAGAGAAUAUUUGUUAGAAAAGCCCAACAGUGAUCUCCUGAGUCUAGUCCCCCUCGCCGCCAUUGUCGGGCAGCUGGAGCUAUCCGGGGACGCCUUCAAAAGGCAGCUUGAGCUUGGACACAGCGGGUACUUGGUGAGAAGCCAGGAAUUGGGCUUCUUCAACUUCUGCGGUCUGCAUGAAACAAACCCCGAUGGGGUCUCCGGCAAGCAUUACUGGAUGUGGAUGACACCCGAUCCCAAUGUUGCCGAGCCCGAUCAUUGGCUUCAAAAUGCCAGCCAGCAGGAGAAACUAGACCAUGUGCUGAAGUCAGUGGCUCCUCUCCCGCCCCAGUUUCGUGAGAUUUUUGAGCAAACUCCCGCGAGUGGAAUUACUGAGAAGCCUUAUAUCUGGCGCGACCUUCAACUAGAACAAUCUAGCUUGCCGGCUGGUCGCGUCGUGCUUUUGGGCGAUGCUGCUCAUGCUAUGACUCCUUUCAGGGGCGAAGGCGGCUUCCAUGCAUUUAUCGACGCGUUAAAAUUGUCUAAGGUGCUGGGUCAACUCAAUGCUAGUGAGGUAGGCAAUGGGGUGGAGGGAAUCAAGACUGCUAUUGCCGAGUACAAUUCCGAGAUGCUCCAGAGAUGCUGGGUAGCAGUGCAAGACUCGAGGAAUAUGCAGGUUGGAAAACAGCCCGGGAAAGCAGGUGCGAAGCCGUGGAGAGGGGCAAGGCCACUACCAAAAGAGAAUAUCGUGUUGCAGCCUAUGGCUUGAUGGUUGGUGAAAUAGUAACUACCUUAGAUAUCGGUAUAGGGUAUCUUAACAAUGAUCAUAUAAUUACCAUCUUACGCAUUACCAGAUGUUAUAAGGGCUCUAUACGACCUUCUAAAUAAGUUGUUUUGAAAGCGACAGUGAGGUUGAAGAUACCUUAGCAGCUAAGCGUUUGGUAUGGUGGGG